AUGCAUCAACUCUCUUUGCAUUUAGAGGUUGUCAAACUCAGAGGCUUUGAAACAAAGAACCAUUCAGCUAUUAGGGAAUUUGUUUUGUUAGGUUUAACACGUUCUCCUGAAAUACAAAGAAUUCUAUUCUGGCCAUUCAUAUUUAGUUAUGUUGCAGCUCUGACAGGUAACUUCCUUCUUAUAUUUAUCAUAUGCACUUCUAAGAAACUUCACACUCCAAUGUAUUUCCUCCUUGCCAAUCUCUCCUUGGUGAAUGCGUUCUCCAUGACAACCACAACGCCCAAAUUGCUUCACACUCUUUUCUCAUACAAAAACACUAUCACAUUUCAUGGCUGCAUCAUUCAGGUCUACUUUUUCAUAUUGUUCCUGGUGACAGAACUUCUGCUGCUGACAAGCAUGGCUUUUGAUCGUUUCGUUGCUAUUUGCUACCCAUUGCAAUAUACUCUGAUCAUGAGGAAGGAAUUGUGUGCUGCAAUAACUGUUGGAGCAUGGGUUUCAGGACUGACAAACUCUGCAGUUCAUUCUGGACUUGUCCUAAAGCUGUCCUUCUGUGAAUCCAAUAUUAUCAAUCAUUUCUUCUGUGAUCUGCCUCCACUUUUGAAGUUAUCAUGCUCAGAUACCAGCUUGAAUGAAACAAUGACUUUUGUGGCAGAUGUAAUUUUUGCUGUUUUCAGUUGUGGACUGAUCCUAACAUCAUAUGGAUUUAUUAUAAGGGCCAUCUUCAGAAUUCGCUCUACUGAAGGAAAGAAGAAAGCAUUCUCCACGUGUUCCUCCCAUCUUAUUGUAGUUAGCUUUUAUUUUUCAGCAGUCAUCUACACAUAUAUCAGGCCCACUUCAGUCUAUUCUUUAAACAAAGACAAAUAUAUUUCUCUCCUUUAUUCAGUAGUAACCCCAGUUAUUAAUCCAAUCAUAUAUUCACUAAGAAAUAAAGAGGUAAAAGAAGCUCUCAAAGGCUUUAUUGGAAGAGACAGGGAACUGGAGACAGAAGAGUUCCUGAAGAAAUAUAUGCCAUUGCUUGUACUAACUGCUGAUUGA